AUGGAGGAAGCCAGGAGAACCCUGAAGAGCUUCCCUCCGGCUCUGGGAACUUUUGAGACCUUGAAGCAGUACGACUUGGCCAUCAAACAGCACGUUUCGGCCUUGGGUAAGCUUUCCAAAGAGGCUCAAGCUGCCAUGGCCGCCAAUCCGGUGGCCAUCCUGCAGACAUUAGCUCCGGCAGAUAAUUCCAUCGGAUACCUGACCGUCCUCGACAUUGCCCACGGCGAAAAGACCGAGCCCUCUGCCCAGGUGCUGGACAUGACGCUCGAGUUCUUUCUCAAUUUCGACGUCUGCCAGGUGCGCUAUGUCGGCGCCAUGUUCUCGUCGCUCCUCGAGAAGGUUGGCUCUGGCGCCAUUUUCCCGCCCAAGGUUGCGGUCGAGCUUCUCGUCGCGGUGAUUCUCCGACUCGACCCCAGCGGCUCCAUAUUCACAUCCACACACCUCGUCUUGGCCAAACUUGCCUACGCAUCCAGCACCGUCGAGCGGGCUCUGCCAGUGCUUGACGCAGACAUCCUCUUCUACCCCGCAAUAACUAGCUACAAGGAGACAAGGCAUUACCUAUGUGACCCUGAUCUCCCAUCAUUGGGCUUCUUGACACCAGCCACCGGGCUUACCGAGCAGCUAAAGAGCGCGACGGUGCUCGAGUACAACUUUCUGUGCGGCAUGCUCUACAUUUCGAGGAGGGACUGGUCCAAGGCCCUUGCGGCGUUCGAGCAGGUCAUUUCCCAUCCGUCGCGAAACAAAGGUGUGAGCAAGAUCAUGGCGGAAGCUCACAAGAAGUGGCUACUCGUCGGACUGCUGCACCAGGGCAAGACUCCCCGGCCCCCUUCGUACACGAGUCCCACGGCCCAAGCCAGCUACCAGACCACGAGCGAAGCCUACAUGACCUUUGCAAGCCUAUUCAACACGGACAAAGUGGGUCUUUUGAGGACAGAGUUUGACACGAACAGGCAGGCGUGGGAAGAAGACGGCAAUGCGUCGCUCGCAGCCGAGGCCAUGUCAGCGUACCAAAAAUGGCAGAUCAUCAAUCUGCGACAAGUAUACCUUCGGGUAUCGAUUUCCGAGGUGCGGAGGACCACAUUGAACGCGGAGACGGGGGAGCCGCUGGCCGACGACCAGGCGACCCUUGCCCUGGUUCGCGACAUGAUUGAGUCCGGUAUGCUCCUCGGGUUGAUUCAGACGGGGCGGAACGACGGGGAGAGCUACCUGGCCUUUGGCAACGCCCAAAACUCCAUGUCGGAGGUGGAGUUUGCCAAGGAAGUGGCCCGCAGCCAGCAGAGCAUCGAGUUCUUGAGCACCCAGUAUCGACUGACCAACGAGCGGCUGAGUGCCAACAAGGACUAUCUGCGCCAUCUCAUCCGGGACCAGAAACGGUCCGAGAUGGACAAGGAGGCAGAUGCGGCCAUUGGCUUCGAAACGCAGAUCGAGGACGAGGACUUGAUGACGGGCGUCUUGGCGCACGCUUGA